AUGGCAUUAUCCACCUGCAUCGGUCAGGACGAAGCGCAAAGAUACCUAGCUAAACGCUUCCUCGUCACCAUGAACUCUAACGCCACAUCCACUUCUAAAGUACCUCAUGAAGCCAUUCGGUUCGCCAUCCGCGAAAACUUCCCGUCCAUUGUCGAGCCUUCUCACGCUCUAGGCGAUAUUUUGAAAUCAAUGCUGACAAAGAUCAACACGCUCCACGAAAUAGCCAGCAGCACGAUGGGCGAUACAAGAGGAAAGGAGAUGACAGAUGCAAUAGAUGGGCUCCUUGAUGAAAGUGCGGAGGUGGAAGCGCCGUUCAAGGUUUGGCACGAGAAGCUCAAUGUUGCUUGUGUGAUGAUCAAGUUGGUGUACUCGCAGCAGGAAGCCGCUUCAGGGAAGUAG